AUGAAAUUUAUUCUCUUUUUUCUUACCUUUUAUCUUUUUAUCAUUGCUAUUACUUCAGCAACACCAACUGGUAACAUUAAUGAAGAUAAUAUUUUAAAUAAACGUUUCUCUUGUGAGUUCGGUGGUAUACCCGCUUGUAAAGCUAGUUGUGCAUCUAAAGGCUAUUUUGGUAAAGUUAAAUGUUGUCCAUGUAAAGGUGAUAUUACUGUUUCAUUUUUGAAGCCUGAAGUUGAGAUUUUAGUUGUUGAACAUAGUAAAUCAAAAUGUAUUGACAAUGUUCAAACAAAUCUAAAUGACACCAUCAAACUUGCAAUCCUGAUCUAA